AAUUGAGUUGAACUUGAUUUAUGUUCCUGUUCUUGCUUUGUUAUUCCUGUAUUUUGUUAUGUAGGUCUGUGGGUUUUUUUUCUAACUUCAUUUAAUACCCUACUUCACGAUGUUCAAAUAUUGGAUUUUUUUUCAUACUAUUUCCGUGGAGAACUAACAUAUUUGCCAUCCCCCCUUUCCUUCAAUGAGAUGUACAAACUUCCUAUACGAAGAGUCUUCAUGCAUCUCAAGAUGGCGCAGGUCAUAUUUCUUUUUCAUCUGUUUCUAGUAUACGCACUUCAAAUACAAGGUUCCUCUGCAGUGACUGAUGUAUUUGUGAAAACUGGAGAUGAUCUAAUUCUUAAUCUCACAGAAGCUGAAAGUCCACAAAAUUCUCGUCUCUGGUUAUGGCAAUUUACAGGUGAAGCCAUGGUAAAGUUUUCAUCUGAUUCUCAACCAGACGUUCUGAAGAAUUACAUUCAACGAAUUGAAGUUCUUGACAAAAAAUACAGUGUUAAAUUAAAGAAUCUGCAGAAGUCACACAAUGGUAUUUAUACUGCAAAGGUCAUAUUACCUACGGAAAAAAUACUAAUUGAAUACAACAUUACAGUUAAAGAUCCAGUGUCUCCUGUUAAUCUCACAAUUAUCCCCAUACCUGGCACCACCUCCUCCUGUAUUCUCACACUGAUCUGCAGUGCAGACAACUUUUCCAUUAACGUCACUCUAAGAUGUGAGAAUCAAACUUGUAACCUGGAGGAAAGAGAGAAAACAGAGGUCACCAAAUCUGGUUCUACUCUUCAUAUCUAUGAAAAGAAUGCAUCAAUUGUCUGUAGACAUGUAAACCAGGUCAGCCAGAUCGAAGAAAAGAUGACUCAAAAUCGCUGCCCCCAACCCACUGUCUUUGUUUCAGAAACCAGAAAACAGUACUGGUAUAUCGCAUUUGCCAUUGCACUCCUAAUAGCCUUUAUAGUUAUUGUCACAGCAUGUAAAAACUGCAAGAAAGGAGGUGACAAAGAAAAUAUUGACAACACAAUAUAUGCUAUUCCUGUGAUGAAAAAUCAAACUGAAACAUUGAAUGAAACAGCUGAAGAUGAAGCUCGUUCCCCAACCACCACCUACAGCACAGUGGGACCUCAUUUAAGUAAAGAAUGCAAGAAAACAGCUAAAGAUGAAGCUCGUUCCCCAACCACCACCUACAGCACAGUGGGACCUCAUUUAAGUAAAGAUAGCAAGAAAACAGCUAAAGAUGAAGCUCGUUCCCCAACCACCACCUACAGCACAGUUAGACCUUCUACUAGAGGCAAUGACCAACCAGAGAGUGUGUAUUCACAGAUACAAAAGGCUUUCUAAAAGACUGAACAGAUGAAUUUGAAAAAAAAAAGGGAAGAUCUGUGUGAAAUUCAGUACUGAUGUGGUGAGAUUGACAUUUCUGUCAUGUGAGACGUGAGACUUUAAGAUCACAUGAGCUCAAAGUUUUAAAAAUAUAUUAUUUAAAAACUUAAAUGUUUGCGCAAAUUCGCUGGAUAGUGCUUUGAGCAGAAUAACCAUAUAAUUUGCCAGCUAAUAUUAGCUUUCGGAGCUGGUCCAUGAGAAGGCAACUGGAACAAAUGAUUCUGUGAAAAAUGGUAAUAAAUGUGCAUGUUUAAAAAAGGGGAGGAAAAAAUGCCCCACACUUUUCUGCUCAUUUUAUUUCAAAGGAGGAGAAGAAGUAGGGAAAAAGACAGGAGGAAAACAAAAAGAUGAGAAAAGAUUGUUGUUUGCCUUUCACAUUAGUGUUGUGUAAAAUUCUACUAAAUCAAGUAGGGAUGUUUAUUCAUAGUAUGAUGUAUUCCUGUAUAUAAACGUUUAUAUGCAUGUUUUUUGACUGCCUCUUCUUACGAUUAUUCAUAUAGUCAUUGUAUUUAAAUUUUUAGAACUGUACAGUAUUAUUUUCUUAUCUUUUAACUUUGCCCUUACUGCACAGCCUCUCUUUAUAUAUGCAUGUAUGUAAAUUGGCUAACUGAUUAUAUGCUUUUAUGUGGAUAAAAUCAAACUUCCCCUAACUUGAUGCUGUGAUACCUGAAAUAAAAAUAAAAUAACUAAA